ACUCCGCGUCUACCGUCGUAAACUCGUUGUGCGCCAGUCUUAAUCCGCGCGUUGCUCGUUACGUACGUAAUACGAAGUGAUUGUAUUGUAUCAAGUAUGCUAACUGUGUACGGAGGAAUUCUACUAGUUUUGAAUUAGUAUCCAGAGGAGCGAAGCCGGUCUGUCAAGAGACUAUAGUGUUCCUGAGGGACCCUCACUUCCGACACGAUCUCGAGCCGCAACAGCGGCGGCGGCAGCGGCAUGGAGUGCGGCGUUGCGGCGGCGACGGGCGCGUUCCCGGCGCGGGCGCACCCCCCACACCCGCCUCACGCUGCGCACCCGGCGCUCUCGCCCACCGAGCGCUCGCCUGCUAAAGCCGGACUACACGUCAACUUUAGUGAUAAGGGCGAGGUAAAAGAGAGGCGUGAAAAAUUCCUAACAGCCAAAUACGGUAGCCACCAGAUGGCGCUGAUCCGCAAACGUCUCGCCGUCGAGAUGUGGCUGUAUGAUGAGCUGCAAAAGCUCUAUGAAACCCCGGAGACGACGCCAGCUGGGGCCUCGCAGGAGGUAGAGGUGGACAUCGACGAAUUGCUGGAUAUGGACAGUGAUGAUCUGCGCCGGCGGCACCUCACGACGUUAUUAGCAGAUGCGAAGAAACCACAAAAAGAUGUUCAUAAAUUCAUCAACGAGCUGUUAGAAAAGGCUAAAACUCUUUAAAUGUAAGCGGAACCAAAUCUCAGAAGACGAAGAGGAGACGCGUCGACUGCGACGGUGUAGUGCAAUGUUGUGUUGUGAGCGCCUGAGCCGUGAGCGCGUGCUUGUAGCGCGCGUAGCCUCGUACACUGUACAUACCGUAGCGUACGCGCCGCCCCGCGGUAGCCGCUAGUCGCUUUAGGAUUAAGGACCGUAGAUAUAAUUAAUUAGGUCGACAUGACAUCGGUGUCUCGUAUAUUUCAAAUACAGUUUUGCUUUUAACUUACAUUACAGGAUAGACGGCAAAUUGAAAUGCAAUCGACAUAUCAACGUUUUAUGAAAACAUUCAGAGCUCGAGAAUCGGACGCGGUGCUCGCAGUCCGAUGUUUUAUCUUAAUCGUGCAAUUUUUAAAACUUGUAGAUAAUAAACCAAUCAAUGAUUGUUUUACUUAGAUUAAAAUAAAUAUAAUAAAAAUAAAUAUUGUUGCUGUUUCGUUCAGAAAUCGGCCUAAUUCAUAUACAAUUUUUAUUAGUACUGAAAUAUUUAAGUACAUAUACCUAUUGGGAUACUCCGCCCAAGGUAUUAGUCCUUACAGAAAAUUCUUAUCGAUAAAUGUUUACCUAUUUAUUUUAAUAAUAAUACAAAUUUUGUUUUGCCAAGGAGUCGAUGUGAUGAUUUCGCAUAGUAUGUUAAUUUUAUUAAAAUAUGAGUGAUUAUAAAGUAGACGAAACGUAAAUCUUAAGUGUAUAUGUAGUUACGUAUUAUAUUUGCUCACAAUAUUGAUCCUAAUAGGUAUACGAGCAAUAAAUAUUCUAAGAAAUCAGUAUCGAUUUAUUCAAAAAAAUAAUUAUGUAUAAUUUGACCUGGUACCAAAACAUACAAUUCUAAUAUUUUUUUUCUACGAUUCGCUGUUGAAUCUGUGCCCGUUAAGUUACUCGAUUAUUAGACAAUAUUGCAGUAAGGAACUAAGCAACGUUUAACUUAAUGUAUACUCAUAAGAUUAGUAUCGUUUGCGACUUAGAAACUAGUCUAGAUAUUACUGUCAAGUGAUGAUAGACGUUUGUAAUAAAGCAAUUUAUUAAAAAAAAA